UUCUUGUACAAUGCCACACGCAAAUCAACCCUUAAAAUUCCAAGUUAGAAUUUUCAAGAAUGGACAAAUUUUUAGCAACAUCUUCCUCAAUUAUUUGAUAUAUAAGUAGGCUAAAGCUGGUUUCAAGUCUUCAUUCAUUUUGGUAUCUGAUUAUUCUUUGAUUCUUGGAAAUGGAUGAAAGGUUAAAGAGAGCAGCUGAAACAGGAAACAUCGAUGCGUUGUAUUCAUUCAUCCACCACGAUGCCAAUGUUUUCAAGCGUAUAGAUGAGAUGGAGUUCGUGGAUACGCCAUUACACGUUGCUGCAGUUGCGGGCAAUACCGGUUUUGCAAUGGAGAUGAUGAACUUGAAGCCAUCGUUUGCCAGGAAACUGAACCAGGAUGGGUUUUCCCCCCUUCAUCUAGCCUUGCUUACUGGAAAACCAGAAAUGGUGAUUGAUUUUUUAUCGGUUGAUAAAGAUCUUAUUCGUGUUAAAGGAAAGGGGGGUUUCACUGUUCUUCAUCAUGUUGCUUUGGAUGAAAAUUAUGCUCAUCUCUUGCGUCGGUUUUUGAAUUUUUGUCCCGAUUGUAUCUUUGAUUUGACAGUUGAGAGACAAACUGCUUUGCAUAUAGCUGCAGAAAAAAACAAAUUUGAAGCAUUUAAAGCGAUGUUGGAAUGGAUUCAAAGUGCGUUUGAAGACGAUAAGCGUAAGAGAAGUAAAAUAUUGAACUAUCAGGAUAAGGAUGGCAACACUGUACUGCACUCAACUGCAUCAAUUAACAACCCCCAGAUGAUCAAACUGUUGAUAGAAUGUGAGGAAGUGGAUAAGAACAAGAUCAAUGACCGUGGUUUUACAGCAAUGGAUGUGUUACAAAGACAAACUGUAGCAGACAACAUGGAGAGUGUGAACAUCCUAAACAGCAAUCCCCUCACGUUUCAAAAGUUGUCAAAGCUAAAAUUACUGAGAGAUGAGAUAAAAGAGAUGAGAGACGAAACAGUGGGUGUAUUACUCAUCGUAUUCGCGCUGGUUCUAACAAUGACAUACCAAGGAGUUCUCAGCCCUCCGGGCAGAGUUUUCCAGGGCGAUGCAACCGCAUCAACCAGUUCAAAUCAUCGUGAAGGGAAAUCAGUGAUGAAGACGAGUAGUUUUCUUAUUUUCUAUAUUCCAAAUGGGGUGGCUUUCCUUAUAUCUUAGGGCAUAACAUUAUUAUUGUUGGAAUCCGUGGCUAAAAGUAUCAUAUCUUUUUUGUCGCGAAUUUACGCAAUUGUGUGCUUCUGCUACGGGGCUGCUUUGUCAACUAUAGCACCUUCAACUAGUGUCCUUUUGGUCGUCGUUUCUACACAAACUAUCAUUUCUCUCUCACUUUGGUUCAUUUGGUCAAGUAAUCACCGUCGUUUCAGAAAAUAUUAAAAUGUAUGUGUCUAUCUAGUUUUAUUUGGUAUAUCAACUCAAGUUUAGGAAGUUGUAUGAUAAAA